AUGGCAACAACAAAUGAUGCAAAAGAAGGAAACUAUAUAUGGUCAGAUGAUGAGAUGGUACUCUUCUGUGAAAUUUUAAUCGCAUCUUUUGUGAAAAAUGGGCGAGGACAAGGAGUUAAGUGGUCCUUAGUUCAGAAACAGUUGGAGAAUGAACUAAGUCGAAAAUGUCCAGUAAAAUCUUUAAAGAAUAAGUAUGAUUCAAUGAAGAGAGAUUGGCGGCUUUGGAAGUUCUUGAAAACAGGAGAAACUGGCCUUGGGUGGGAUUCAGUGACAGGAAAGAUACAAGCCUCAAAUGAUUGGUGGGAAAAAAAAAUUAUGGAGAAACGUGAGGUAAAGAAGUUUCGAAAUAAAGGAUUGCUUCCUGCCAUAGAAGAUUUAUGGAAUCAAUUAUUUCAAGAUGGUUAUGCUACAGGUGCUAAUGUUGUGUCAACUAAUAUUGAUCCAUCAAGUAUGAAACAGGAUGAAAGAAGUGGUGGAGAUAAGAAUGAGAAUAAUGUUGAUGAACAUUGUCAUCUCUUAGAAUUAAUGUUUCUAAAGCAUUUCUUUAAAUAA